GAGCUGAACAGGUUGAGUGACUUCAGGCUGUGGGAGGAAUAAAUCGUCUUGGGUUGCUUCAGAGAGCUGAGGCAGCCAAACCGGGCGAGGAUGGCACUGCGGAGCACCUCGCGUCUCUGCCAGGUACCUCCAGAGAGUGUUUGCGUUUGAAGGACUUUUUACAGGACUGCUGUCAAAACGGGUAGAGAGCGAGCUUAAUUGGGACUGAUCUGAAAAAAAAAAAAAAAAAAAAACGAGGCGGUGUGUAGGUGUGCAAGGGAUGCGGCGAGCGGCUGCUCUCAGCCGGAGCCGAGCAUAAACAGGUCCAGUCUGAUGUUUAUCAGGGAGUCUCAUCUCCUGAGCUGGAUAGCUGUCUGAGCCCAGGAUUUUGGUGCGGUUCUCACGGGCGCAGGAAAACGUCUCAGCCCGCUCCGGUGGAUGCGGCGUGUGGAUGGCUCCAGCUCUGCUCGUGACGGGGCUCCGCGCUGAAGAUGGAUGACUUAGCUCUCCUUGACCUGUUGGAGUGUCCUGUGUGCUUUGAGAAGCUCGAUGCCACAGCGAAGGUGCUGCCUUGCCAGCACACUUUCUGCAAGCCCUGCCUGCAGAGGAUCCUGAAAUCCCAGAAGGAGCUCAGGUGCCCCGAGUGCAGGACCCUCGUCCUCUGCGGCAUCGAGCAGCUGCCCUCCAACCUGCUCCUCAUUCGCCUCCUGGAUGGAGUCAGGUGUGGACAAAACGUUACCAGGUUUGGCUCGAUCCAGAGGUCGGGGGUCCUGUCCUCCCCUGCCUCCAUCAGGAGAGUCCCCAGGGGGCUGCAACUUCAUCAGCACCGGCUGGCGACAAAUCCCAGGAUCCACAUGGAAGGGGUCCCGCGAGCCAAGGCCCUGUACACCUACCGCGGGCACAACCCCGGGGAGCUGAGGUUCAACAAGGGGGACAUCAUCGUGCUGCUCCGGCAGCUGGAUGAGAACUGGUACCUGGGGGAGGUCAACGGCAUCAGCGGCGUUUUCCCCGCCAGCUCCGUGCAAGUCAUCAAGCACCUGCCCCUGCCAGCGCCGCUCGGCAGAGCGCUCUACAGCUUCGACCUGAGGAGCAGGGACAAGACCGACAGCAAGGACAGCCUGGCCUUUCACAAGCCAAACACCACUGCAAGGCAACUCCUGCAGACCAGCAAAAGCCACUGGUCCCCCCAGUUCAAGUGCGCGUCCCUACGGACAGCGUCUCCCAAGGCCAAGGGCGCGGAUUCGCCGGCUUUCCCCAAGGUGCCCGACUCCAGGCGGAAGAGCCUGCGGCCGUUCUCCAUCACCACCGCCCUGAACACCCUCAACCGGAUGGUCCACGCGCCCGCCGAGCGCCCGGCGCUGGAGAUCAGCUCCCCCGUGCUCAUCAGCUCCAGCAACCCCACCGUGGCCACCCAGAGCAGCGAGAAAGCGGAGUUCCCCUACGGCACCCCUCUCCAGGUCAGUGCCUCUUACUAUCCUGUGCCAGGAUCGCUGGGGCACUCAGCAGCCAUUGUCACUCUUCCCCAUCUGCAGCACCACAUAUCGGCUUAUAUGUGCGUGGCUCUCCAUUCCUACGUGGCUCACGGACCGGAGGAGCUGGAGCUGCAGAAGGGAGAAGGGGUCCGCGUCUUUGGGAAAGACCACGACGGCUGGCUGCGGGGCAUGUCCCUCGUCACGGGGAGAGUGGGGAUCUUCCCCAGCAACUACGUCGCUCCCCUCUUCAGGAAAACUAAUCUCUCUGACUCGAAGAUGCCUUCCCUGUACGCCUCAUGGACGCUGUCGACCUCCUCGCUCUCCUCUCAAGGGAGCAUCUCAGAAAACGGCCCGAGACAGAGCAGACCCUUGAACCCGGCGCUGCUGCCCGUGCCCGUCCCCUCGCCCGGGAGGAGCGCGGUGGCCGCGGGACAGGCAUCGCUGCGGCGCGGACGCGGCAGCACGAGGAAGAAUGGAUCCCUGCAGAGGCCGGGGCAGGCAGGGACCCCCGUGCAGGUUGCUGGCUCCCUCAGGCGUCCCCCCACGGCUGCGGGGCGGCCCCAGCAAUUUCAGCUUUACCAGCACGUCAGCCCCCAGCCGCACAGCAUCCCCCCCGGGGCUGGCAUGGCCGAGGCAGGAACGAGGCUCAGCUUCUCCCACGAUGCUUCACCGGCGCUUGUGGUCAGAGGAGGGGAAAGCAGGUCUCCCUCUGUGUGCAGCUCGGUGAUCCUGGAUGCCAAAGACCCUCCAGCAAAGAGUGAGGCAGCGCCAAAGCCGCCGGCGUCAGCCCCGCCAUCCAUCCUGGUGAAACCAGACACGUCCCGCAACAGCGCCGAGAAGCAAGUGAAGACGGUGAGGUUCCAGAACCACAGCCCCCCGCCACCCAAGCGGCACAGCCUGCAGCCCUCCCCGAGCCUGCCGCGCGGCCGGACGGAGCCGCUGGCCCCGGCUGAGGUUCUGCUGCCCGAAGCCGGCCUGCCGGGCCCCGAGCUGGCCGUGCUCUACUCGCCCAGGACCAGCUCCAGCCCCCUGCACCAGCGGCGGGCGCUGCACCCCAAGGCGCUGUCGCUGGACCUCUCCGGGCAGCUCACCUUCCCCGCCAAGAAGAACUACAGCAGCGUUUCCGCAAACUGACGGGGUAAACUCCUCCGCUCGCUCGCUCUCCCGCCCGCCGCCUCCACCGCUCCCCUCCCAUGGCGGGGGGCAGGUGUUCCCCGCGUCCCCCCCUCCACGCCGCUGGCACCCUCGGGCCGCGCAGGCCUCCUGGGGGAGCUCCUGGGGGAGCGGGACGGGACACCCGCAAAACUGAUGCUCUUUGGUGUCGCAUAAGGCUGCCCGUAAGGUACCAGAGGAGGAACAGAGGGGGAAGAAGGCGUGCAGGUAUCAGAAACAGUUGAGCUUGUUUUGAUCUCCUCACUGCUGCAGGAAAGCCCACGGAGAUCAAAACACUGGUUCGUUACCUUCCUGCUUCUGCAGGAUAAAGAAACCGUAAAUCAAAAUCAGUCAGUCCCUAGCUGACAGUUCACGUUGCCUUUUGAUGGGGGGGUUUACUCCGUUUUUUUUUUUUUUAGGGUUGUUUCUCGCUUGCUUUUCUGCUUGGUUUUAGUUCAGGAGUCUUAACACAGAAUACAGUUUAAAAGGUGAUUUGGAAAGAGACAAUGGGAAGGGACGUGCCGUUACCGCAGUCACUCAGACUCUGCAGACAGGGGCACUGAAUCUUGCUUCUCCUCAUUGCUUGGUUUCCUCUGAUUCCCUGUCAGCUACCUCCCAGCCAUCCAGGAGCUCAAUCCAACUCCUUCCCACCGCCCACCCAUUCAGAUAUUGGCUUUGUAAAUAUUCAAAGUGGAAUUCAGAUGUUUAAGUCUACAUUAAAAUGCAUGAAACAUUAUCUACGUGACAGAAAGCAGAAUUCAGCAUUCACCCCUCUGCCGUGGCAACACCAGCUCCAGUUUUGAGCUGACCCCAUUUCCAGCAUCCUCCUGCGAAUCCACGGGGAAGCAGGCAGAGGCAGGGAGCUGUGCCCAGCUCGUCAGCUGGGACUGCUCUCCACAAACCCCUGCACAACAGCUUUGGGUUUUCACACUUCGGUUUUACUGCCGGUUUAUAGACCAGCAAUUCCCAUCCUAGCCACAACCACCGACCGCUAGAUCUCCCAACGGUGGUAGCUGUGCUUCAUCCAAAACUGCUGUAAAAUCACAUCCUUGGUUAACUGUGUACAAAACCUGUGAAAAUUAACUCCAUUGGUCAACAAAAACUCUCCAGGGCACUGUCACCACCUGAGAGAAGGAUGUUUUCUUCUGGAACAAAGAAAAGGGAACGGAUAAAAUCAUUUACUAGUCUGCAGUCCCUGUUCUUUUUCAGACUUUCUGUUUGUGGAGCGGGAAGCUGGCAUCUGCCCGCAGGGAUUUUCAGUAACACAGAAAUCACCAAUGGCACAGCUAAAUUCUUCACCUUGUGCUCUCUGUCACUAUUUAGGCUCCGGCAGAAAAAAUCCUGACAAACUGAAAAUGUGCAGUUUGCCCGGGUAUGAAAGGUGGCACAGGCUGCAAAUAAGAGGGUAAGCCUGACUCUCAGCAACACCACCUCAAAGACAGACGAACACCUCAGAGAAGACAUGCCGGUUCUUUGCUGAAGACUCCUCUCAUCCCUUUAAAACUAAACCAGAAAACCUCAUAAGCUGGCUCUGUAACCAAGGACACAUCCGCUUCUCUCAAGCACGUUCAGAAAAAAUGAGAAUUGCAUUAGGUACGUCCCGGACCAGCUUGGGCAGUACUUCACAGCCCUGGUUUGGAGGGAAGGAGGGGCUGCGGGCUCACGCCUGGCUCCAGCUGCGACCACUUGUGGCAUGCUAACGAGAAGAUAGAGCCAAGCUGUAAUCUGCUGACGAAGCAGCUAAUUAACACACUCAGCAGCUGACCUCCCCCCAAGGCUCACAGGAGACGGUGGCAUGGGUGGCCGGAGCUACACCAGAAUUAAUCAUGCAGGUGGAAAUGCUGGGAAAGAAGGAGCAGUGGGGAACGCGAAGCCCAGCUGAAUCCGUGGCGUGUGUAGGGAAGGGGGGGGAACUUCUGCAGGUUACUGCCCCCGAAACCAGUGUCCUCAUCUCAUGCCAGUACAACAGAGCCCUGGUUUAGCUGGAGUGCCGUGGCCGAGCUGUCUGGGGAGUGGGGUGACGCGGGUGGGAGCAGGCUGGGGAGGGGGACGGGCCGUCCCCACGCACACACCGCGGCUGGUGCCGGCCCUGAGGUUGGACGCUCAGCUGCGAGAGGAGCUGUGAGCCCCCGGUGUCCCCGGCAGCGGUGAGCCCGGCGCGGGAUGACCAGCCAGCUCCCAUCAAAGACCUCCCCUCGUUACCAGCAAUUAACCCUGCGGGACCCCAGCGCCUGUCUCAGCAGGAGCUCGGAGGGAGCGCUCCUCCGGGCCGGGGACCACGUCGGUAACCGCUGGCGCUCGGGGGAGCCCCACGACAUCUAGAGAUUUGGAGGCGAGGGGCAGACAGAAAGCACCAAAGCAGAGGUCAGGGCGGGGUUUGGACAGAUGUACGCCGAAGCCAGUCACCUUGGGAAUGUAGCCUACGUUUUCCCAGAGGCAAGCGUGCAAGGCCAGGCAGCAAGGAAAAGCUUCAAGUUCAAUUUGGGGCUGGAAAAUGAAAAUCUCAGACAGCAACAGACAGAUGUGACUGCAGCUCCACUUCUCCUGCCACCAAAACCCAGGUACAAGGAAAGGAAGCACCUCCUUUGGCCCGAUUUAUCAGAUGCACUAAGCUUCAGGGGACACCAAGAACAUCAGGAAAAGCCAAAGGUGCUCAGCAUGCCUUGAGACUUAACAAGCCGUGAAGUCUUUCCGCACAUCUGGGCUCACAGCAGCCGGAUACCGCCCACAUUCUCAGUUCAGAAUAUUGCCUUUCAUGGAACAAAACCACCCUCUUACCCUCCCAUAUCAAGAUAAACAGCAAUAAGUUUUCACAGCAUCCACGCACCCAGGGAAGCCAGCAAAACUGUUCAGCCCAUUACACGAUGCUGAAGUCUUGAGACAAAUACAACCAAAAAGCACCACAGGUCUCUCCUGGCCUUGGCCCUUAGCCCGCUGCUUUAGGACAGCAAGGGACAGCAGUGGGGUGGCAGGGACAGAGAAAGCUCUGACACUCGUGCACACACGCGCAGCCACAGGCAGUGACAGGGAAGGGAAGCACUGGCAGCAAAAUUGGUGCUUUGGUAAAAGAGCAGGCAGCUAUUUUGGGACAGAUGUCUCAGAUUCUUGCACAGGAUAUUUCAGUGCUUUGAUGCUAUGGUGAUAAGUGCCCUAAAUAUAUUCAAAAUAUGUAGGGAGAGAGAACUGAAAACAAGACAUAUUUUAAAGCAACAGCCCUAAUAAGCAUCUUGCUCCCAUAGACAUACCUGCCCACUGGUUUCAUACUGCAGCCCACCGAGCAAAAUUGCUAAAUCCUCCUCACCUUCCCCACUCCUCCCCUGGCAACACCUUGGAGGAAGCACCUGGACUACGUUACUUCACAACGGAACAUCCCAAGGAAGAGGGACUAGAACUCAGAGCUUUUUCUUCCAAAAGCCCAGGCUAAAGCAGAACCUCGUGGAGCUCAGCUGGAGCUUUGUCACGAGCCCCGAGCAAGUCAGUGCCCAACAAGUAGCCCUGUUCUACACGGAGAAGCUGAUCAUGCUGAGGAAGACAUGGACUGGGUCUGUCAGGGAGUGAUUCUCUAAGUGCACCAGACUAAAAACUUCUGUUCCAGAACAAUUAGUCCAACCACUUUUACUUCACAAGCAGAAUCACCACACCGACUUCUUGGAGCAUGAGCAAACUUCACAUUUAUUGUUUCAGCUCUGUGCUGCUGACUUGAAGCGCACUGCGUCUUCCAAGAGGAUCCGCUCCAAACCCCUGUCCUUCUCUGGCUACUGUCAUCCAAUUUUUUUUUUUUUUUUUUUUUAAGUUGGGUAGCAAUGAAAAGGGAGGCAUCACAUGUUGGCAGGAGGGUGGUAGCUUUACAUGGAGGUAGGCGAGUUCUUCAAAGGUUUAAGUAUAUAUAUAAAAAGAACAGAACUUCCCUCCUGUCUUCCCACCCUCCAGACUCUCUUCAGCCCAUUUUCCCAGUAAAGAGAGGUUAGACAUCAGCAUUGAGCCACUGUUUUGUCAUUCCUGAGUUGGCCAGGAGGGCCUACGUGGGAAGGCCACCCAUUUCCCCCCAGGGAUGUCUCCCCUCUGCAUGGUCAAUGGCACAGAGGAGGACUGGCCAAACCACCAAGUCUGCAGUCUUCUCCUUGACCACAAACCAUCCCAUGAAGCACAGAAUGCAAAGAAAACAUUAGGAAAGGCAAAAUACAGUUGCAGGCGUACUGUAGCAUAAUGUAUUUCUAUAAUGAAAAGACCCUGUUCUCUGCCUGCCCGGCUGGAGGGGUAGGCAGGCGAUCCAGGCUGGGAGCACCCGGAGCAUCGCGCUUGAGAGGAGCUCUGGAAAAGGGCAUAAAGCAGCACAGGGGACAGAGGGACCGUUAACGAACCUCUUGCAAGUUCCUGAAUUGGGCUUAUUUUCUAUCUUCUCAUUCCUUAUGAUCAGUUAAUGAUUUGGAGCCCGAAUCGGAUCAUUCAUCAGCUCAGCUUUAACUGCCUGCCUACCCUGGCAGAAACCUUGGAGAGCUUCAGUGAGUAACCUACCCCCUAGCUCGGGCUGCAGUCACGCUUCCUGAGAAAUUACAGGCAGAAGCAGCAGAAGUAAGAACACAAACCACCAGUGAAAUCUCUCCACAUCCCUUCCCAAAGAACACCCCCCUGUCCCCACCAGCAGCGGCGAGGAACCUCGAGGCCAGGGGGGGGCUCUCCCACCACUGGCCACGGAGGAAGGUCGAAGUGAUGGGAAUUCUGCAAAGCUCUUUCAGCUGGCACUGGUGCUGCAUGGCUGCUCUGCUAGGAGCCCGGGAACCGAAGGCAGGCCGGGUCCGUAGAAAGUCCCCCGGGAUCAGUCCCUGCUCUGUGGGAAAGAGGAUCCAGUGAUCCCUUGGUUGGAAAACGUGAGUCCUACGAGGGGGUGCUGCGGCCGGGCAGCGUCGGGGCCCGCGGAAGCCGCGUUGCCCGUGGCGGGGGACGGCCGGGCUCGGGCUCGGGCAGCUCCAGCACCCCAGGGAGCAGGGAGCCAGGGGUGCCGAGGCACCGCGAGCAUCACCCUGCCCGCCUGCGACUGCCGUUCCUCUUCCAGUCGCUGAGCCUUCGACAGUCAUUCCAGGAGCGUUUCCUGCAGCCACGAGGGCUCCUCUUCUUGCAUGGAAGUCAAGGGGAUUUUUUUUUUUUUUUUUUUUUCUUUUUCUAUCUUUUAACAUAACCUCAUGGUUCCAAGAGCCUGGGGCUUUAGAAAGAAAAGCAUCCUAAUCCCAAUACACUAGUGAAAAGCCACAGUGUGCAGGACACCAGGCAUUUGCUUCUUUCGCUCUCCCAGCAGCCCUGCUCUCCCCUCAGCAAAGGUCCAUUUUCUAAAACUAACAUUAGAAAAACACUGUUAAGGUUGUAGUGCAUUCAGACUUCUCACCCACGUCAUAUUCUUAGUCACCAGGUGUUUUAAUGAACACUUACUUCCAAACGUUCUAUUUCCUGACUUCAUCCUGUUUAAUUUUUCGUAAGCCAAAGCAAAACAAGAACUGUUGAAACACCAAGCAUCUCCUCUGGAUUCAGAAAACCCAAGAAAUUUGCUUGAGAAGAAAAACCUGAGAGAAUAGGCAGCCUUUACCUAAGAGCCCCCAGCCUCGGCUGCAGGAGGGGGGGGCCCUCGCCCCAUCCCUCACUCUAGGCAGGAGGAAUGCAAACACUGGCCCAAAAUAUUUAAGUUGGAAACACCAGAGCAGCCCAGGAAUGUGUAAGUUCAUGUGUACAUUUAUCAUUAUUUUAGGAGGUUUAUUCAUUGCCCAAUAGUUAUUGCAGACCAUUUGUGCAACUACAUGUUUUUAAGUGUAAUAAUAGCCGUAGACUUUAAGUUUUUCAGGAUUUUUUUGCCUUGAGUCUCAGUAUCUCCCCUGUUUAAAAAGUAGCAUUUCAUAAUAUUCAUAAAAUCGGUGUUUAGAACCCAAAACCACCCAGGUGAAGCGACGGGGACUUACCAGCGAGGUCGGCAGGGGCUCGCACGAGCUGAUCACCCCGUGCCCGUUUCACAGCUGUGCAGGGAGCAGGAACCAUGCUGGGGGCUGGCACACGGGGUACCUGACCGUGGUCAGGCUGGUGAAGGCUAGACGUGUACUAAAAGGGGAAAAAAGAUCUAUUUAUACCAAAGUUCCAACCAAAAUAAAUUUUAAAGGCAGUAGGGAUCGAGGAAAGGUAGUUCACCUUGAUCUCCUGUGUUAACAGACCAGCAAAUUUUGUUGUCUUUCUGCACUGAGCCCAGGAAACACUAUAAUGAAAUGUUACAGCCAUGUUACUAUAAAUGAGAAAACAGAAAUGACUAUUUUUACAUGUAUAUGCUUAGAAACAGUAGAAUAUAUAAUCUUCUCUUAUUUGGUGAUGGGUAGGAGGAAUAAAUAAAAUACAUACAUUUAGCUUGUUGUUCAGAGACACUUGUACAAAUUCAGUGAUGCUCAAUAUUUUUUCCAUGAUGUGAAGUUCAUUUUUUAGGAAGGUUUUUUCAAUUUAACAUACUAUCAGGGAGAAGAGAAAAGUCAAUAAACAAAAAUAUAUUAGCUUUCUGUUUUGUAUUAACCUUUAAGAUAUUUAUUUUGUAUUUCUGUAACUGAAAAAGAAUGGUUUAAAAACAUUUUCAGUUUUCAGAGGUUUAUUCAUCUAAGUUUAUAGCACUAAUGUUUAGAUCUGUAGCCUGUAGGUUAAUUAAAUUAAUCGGAGCCGAGUGGAUUACGGCAGCGAGAGCGGCGGAGCGGAGCUGCGGCACGGUGCACCAGUUCGGGGCUGGCGGGGUGGGGGCAAACACCGGCCUUGGGAAAGCUUUGGGCGUGGGCAGCAUGCCAUCCCCUGGGAGCUGCUGUGUUACCAUUAAAACUUUUUGCAUGAAAAAAAA